AUGCGGGAGACGAAGUUGGAGCCCAAUGCCGUCAGCUAUAGCGCUGCCAUGUGCGCAUGUGAGGCGGGUGGGCUUUGGCUGCAGGCCUUGAAGCUGUUCAGCGGAAUAUGGGAGGCGAAGCUGGGCCCCGACAUCGUCAUCUACAACGCUCUGAUCAGCGCGUGCGAGAAGGGCGCGCAGUGGCGGCAGGCCAUGUCAUUGCUUGACGAGAUGAGGGAAACGAAGCUGACGCCCGAUGUCAUCAGCUACAGCGCGGGGAUCAGCGCAUGCGAGAAGGGCGAGCAGUGGCAGUGGACCCUGUCGCUGCUCGGCGAGAUGCGGGGGGCGAAGUUGGAGCCUAACGUCAUCAGCUACACCGCUGGGAUCAGCGCGUGCGAGAAGGGCG